UGUCGGUUACAGUCCAGUUAGCAUUUAGCUAGCAGACAUUAUAGAGAAAUAACAGAGUUAAUAAAGUUGCUGCACCUUGUUAUAGAAUGGAUUCAAGAAUGAAGAAGGAGACUGAGAGCGUGUGUGUGCUGUGCUGUCAGGACAUUGAGAUUUUCGCGGUGGGGAAGUGUGAUCACCCUGUGUGUUACCGCUGCUCCACUAAGAUGCGGGUGCUGUGUGAGCAGAGGUACUGCGCUGUCUGCCGGGAGACGCUCGAUAAGGUUAUCUUCGUAAAAAAGCUUCAGCCAUUUGCUGCUUUGCCUUUUCAUGAUUACCAGUUUGAAAAGAAAUAUGACAUCUAUUUUGGUGAUGGAAAAAUCUUUGCACAAUUCAGGAAAAUUUUGCUAUCUGAAUGUCCCCAAUGUCCUGAGCCCAAAGUGUUCUCCAGAUUUGAGGAGCUGGAGCAACACAUGCGGAAACAACAUGAGCUCUUUUCCUGCAAACUAUGUGCUAAGCACUUGAAGAUAUUCUCCUAUGAGAGAAAGUGGUACAACCGCAAAGAUUUAGUCAGACAUCGGAUGCAAGGGGACCCAGAUGACACCUCUCAUCGGGGCCAUCCACUUUGUAAAUUCUGUGAUGACCGGUAUCUAGAUAACGAUGAACUGCUUAAGCACUUAAGGCGAGACCACUACUUUUGCCAUUUUUGUGAUGCAGAUGGAGCUCAAGAGUACUACAGCAACUACAAGUUUCUUAGUGACCACUUCAGAGAGAGCCAUUUUCUGUGUGAGGAAGGUCGCUGCAGAACCGAGCAAUUUACACACGCCUUUCGGACAGAGAUUGAUUACAAGGCCCACAAAGCUGCUGCUCAUAGUAAAAACCGGGCUGAAGCGCGGCAAAACCGGCAGAUUGACUUGCAGUUCAGCUAUGCUCCACGGCAACAGAGAAGAAAUGAUGGUCAAGUUAUAGUAGCGGGUGAAGACUAUGAGGAAGUCGACCGCUUCAAUAGACAAGGGAGAUCAGGACGAGGAAGACCCCAAGGUUUACAGCAGAAUGUAAGAAGCUGGAGGUAUAAUAGAGAGGAGGAGGAAAGAAACAUGACAGCUGCUAUUCAGGACUCUCUUUCUAUGCGUCGACACGAAGAGAGAGGACAUGUUUAUGAGCGAGGCAGCCAAAAACCACGCAAAGAGGAGAAAGUAGACACAGAAGAGUUAAAGAGCAAUAGAGGUGCAAUCAAACCAUCUAGUGACAUGCAAGGUAGACCGGUGAGGAAUAAUGUCCUGCUAAAGGGUGAAGACUUUCCUAUUUUAGGGGCCAGUGCACCACAAGCACCAACACCACCACAACCACCUGUUCCGAGCACCAUCAAGCCCACUCUUGUAUCGGUGAAGGAGGAUGAUUUUCCUAGCCUGGUCCAAUUUGGUUCAAAGGCUAUGGCUCCAAUGACUCCUGUGUACACGGCUCAAGCUAAAAAACCUUCGUCUUUCCUAGAAGAGGACUUUCCAGCACUCAUCUCAAAAAUCAGACCUCAGAAGCCCCAGGGGAAUUCAGCAUCUGCUUGGUCCCAAGCAGGAAAUAAAUCUGUGGUGCUAAACAAUAAACCAGUAGUUCUACCGAGUAAGGUAGCUCCAGCACCCUCUGCCUCUGUGUUUUCUGCUAGUGACCCGCCUCUGUCUGGAGCUGUUUCUCAGUCUCGCCACAAGAAAAAGCUUACCAAUUUAGAAAGUGCCAAAGCAGCACCUAAAAUCAAAUCUUUAGGCUCAUCAGAUGAUGAUGACCCACAAGUCGGUAAAAUGCCCCAAGAGAUCCGUGCUGUCCCAACAAUGCUGGAGAUCUCCUCUUUGCUGACAGUUAAGGCUACUUCAUCACAGCCGAAUGCUAAACCAGGCAAGAAGAAAAAGCAGCCUUUGACCAGCUCUUCUGGGACCUUUGCACAUAAUGUGGAAUUGUUGAACACUGGGGCUCACAAAGAAAAUGUACCCGAAAUGAAGCCACCAGAUGGCAGUGUUGCCAAAGGCCCUGUUGUGCCCAAAUCCAGCACCGUUAUAAAUGGAUGUAAGGAAAAGCAUUUAGAGACCAAAUUUAACACUUCUGAAGAACCUCCAGCUCCUAAGAAGCAGCCGAUACCCGAACCAUCCCAUGCUCAUGAGGAAGAGGACUUUCCUGCUCUUAUUACUAAGAAUCCUCCACCUGGCUUUAAAACUACAUUUCCAUUAAAGAGCAAUCAGACAAUGCUUCCUCCUCCUCCUCCUCCUCCUGGUCUUGGACCUGUGAUCAGCAAACCUCCUCCUGGAUUCACUGGUGUUCCACUUAAUAUUAAUGCAGGAGACUGCACUGCACCCACAUGUAACAGACCUGCACCCUCUGCUGGAACCUACCAAAUGCCUGAAAACUUCAAACAGAGGAACAUGGACCUAAUUCAGUCUAUAAAGAACUUUCUUCAAAGUGAUGAAUCCGAGUUUAAUGAAUUUAAAAACUACUCAGGCCAAUUUAGACAGGGUUUAAUCUCAGCUGCCCAAUACCACAAAAGCUGCCAUGAGCUGCUGGGAGACAACUUUAGUAGAGUCUUCAAUGAGUUGCUGGUUCUCCUUCCAGACACACAGAAACAGCAGGAGCUUCUCACUGCCCAUGCAGACUUUAAGGCACUGGAGAAACAGCAGUCAAGCUCCAAAGCCAAGAAGAACAAAAAGAAAGCUUGGCAAACAUGUACCUCUAACAACAAUCUUGAGCUGGACUGCCAGGUGUGUCCUACCUGCAAGCAGGUCUUGGCCCCUAAAGACUUUAAUGCCCAUAAGGCCCUGCAUAUCGGAGAUGACGACUUUCCAUCACUUCAGGCUAUAAGCAAGAUUAUCAGUUAACUGCCAAUAAAUGGGACACUACCCCAGUACAUGGACUGGUGCUUUUCCAGGUUGAAAUAUAUUUAAGAUGAGGGAUCAGCUGAAUUCAGUGCUAAGGGGCCACUCUGUGUGGUGUAAUUACAGUGGAAUAAAGGGUGUCUAGCUGCAGUCCUAAAGGUCCAAAACGAAUGUUCCUAUUUUUACAGGUAACACCUGUUACAGAAAUAAAAUCCCUGGACUUCGACCUUUAAGACUAGAGUUAAACACUCCUGAAGUGGUGUAUUUAAAAAGAAUGGGGGUUUUAGAAAAUCUGUUCAUAAGGAGAGCAAUGAAAAGAUGUCACACAAAGUGAAACUGAAAUGUGUGUUUUUGUAAACUGUUUACUUCAACAUAUUAAUUAUUACGGGGUAAUACAUUUCCUAAUUCAAAAUCUUUACACAUUAGCUGAAAUUAAUCAGGUUUGUAACAGGUGCUUUAAAGCGUGGAUCAUUUUGUAAUUGUAGGUUAAUGCAUUUUGUAACUUCCCCAGCAUUUAUUUUCAAAAUUGUUUUAUAACAGUUAUUGCUCACUUGUUACUCAGAUCAACAGAAAUUACAUAUACAGUGCCUUGCAAAAGUAUUCAUCCCGGUAUCAUGUAAAUAUUGAUUACAUCCUGAACUAACUUAAUUGACUAUGAAUGUGACACUUCAAAUCGAGCAGACAUUUUCAUAAAAAGAUAAAAGGAGAAAACAUAGCACUUGCUUGAGUUACCUUUUAUAUUUAAGAUUUUUUAAAUCAUUCUUAAUUCUGCCCAGCAUGUUUUUUUUUUUGUGAAUUUUGUGAAAUUCUUUAAUAUACAUUUUGCAGGGUUGUCCACCAAUUUUGAGGUCUUGUCACAAAUGUUAGUUAAUCAGUACUGCAGUGUAUAUUCGGAAGUGUUGUUUGGAUCAUUGUGCCUAAACACUUCCCAGAUUCUUAUUUAACAUGUCCUUGUACUGUACAUCAUUUACUUCCUAUUAAUCCUGCCAAUAGUCACUCCAUGCUCUUGCUGGAAAAGUAUCCCCAUAACUUGAUGCUACCACCACCAUAUUUUACAGUGGGGAUAGUGGUACCUGGCUGAUGGGCCUCAAUGAAUUCACAGCACCUCAAGAAUUCAUGCCAGAAUUCUUCUUAGUCGUGUCAGAUCUUAAGACUCCUCCUUCUAUAAAUCUUUGCUUUUAUGUUUUAAUGCAAUAAGUGCUUUAUAAACAAAUUUAGUGACUUAAGCUAACCUUGUAUGAAUUUUGUAAGUGUUUAUCAUUUUGAUGUAUAGAUCAAAUGGAUAAAAUGGUUAAACUUACAUGAAACAUACAAUCUGUUGCAGUGAUAAUGACAGUACAUAGGGUUGAAUACUUUUCAAGUCACUGUAUUUCAUUAAAAAAAGUCAUGUGCAAGUGCCCAAAAAAGUGAACAGUCAAAGCUCUGGCUUGUUGAAGUAAAUGUUGAACAUUUAGGUAUACUGAAAUAGUUUACAACAGAUCUGUCAGUCAGGUAAAGUUAUUUUGCAUCAUCUUUUUUCAUAUAUCUCUUUUCCACCAACAAAUUGCUGGAGCUGGUGCUGAUUCCUGUGAACUAGUGAACCUUUAAGAUUAGACUUGCAUUUACACUGGUUUGUAAGCCCAACGAUUAUGUACGUGGGUGUGGCCAUUCCAUCCCGAAAACAGAAGUCGGAAGACGCUGUAUAAACGACAUAAACACAUUCUUUUUUUCUAAAUUUUUGCUUCUUUCCUUGAGGGCAUAUCUAACUGCCCAGAAUCAACUUUUUCAGCAUCUGUGCACAGGAGAGAGCUUGUCAUAGACAAAGAUUGCGAUAAAGAUGAUAGGAUUUUGUAGUCACUGUGCAGCAUGUUGCGCCGACAUCUGUGACCGUCAAAUUAAGUGACCUCACUGUCCACUUUUUGUGAUUUCUAUUUAUGUGCACAUCAUCAGAUUAUGUGGCUGCACUUUUUCUUAGUUGACCUUGUAUUUUCUGUGAGGACCAUUUCGCAAGUAAUGCGUUUGUUUCUUCCGUGGACCACUGAUGAUUCAUUACUGCUGUUUUUGCUUUGGUUCUCUUGCUUUUAGUUGUAAAUGGCGAAACAAGCGCUUGUCACAGAUCCGUUGGUUCCACACCAGCAAAGCUAUUGGUAGAGAACAGCACCAUUUUUUCCUGUCUGAGUACCUGUGAUUUUGUGGGUUGAAAACUGCUGAACUGUUCAGGACUUUGGCACCAGUGCUGAACAAAAUCUGGUGGAAUGCUGGUGGAAAAUGUUAAUAGUGAACUAUACACUUACUAGCAGUUGUUUACAUGCUUACUUUCAGUCCUUGCAAUUUAUUUAUUGAGCUUUUUUAUUUUAGCAAAAUGUGUAAUACUGCAAGGUACAACCAGAUAAUACUACAUGAAAUGUUCAUGUUUCUUCUAGUAACAUGUCUUGAAAACAAACAAUCAAGACAAUGUCCUGUCCACAGAGCAUAAAGUCAAAUUAUAUUUCAAAGAUCAUAUUAAAUUAAACAUCACCUUUAAA